AUGUCACUUGCACGACUCCGCAUUGUUGCUCCCCGACUAACAUGCCGGGCGCUUUCCUCUAGUACUCCGUUGUAUAACAAUACAUCUCAAACUCGGGCUCCGAACCCUGCUUCAUCGCCCGAUCAUGAAAGUCCUAAAUAUGCCUUGGGAUUUCUGGAUAUGCUCGCUCGGCCUCCAGAGGGAGAUACAUAUGCGGGCCCGGGUGGGCGGUCGGCCCUUCGUGGAGAGCGAUACUCUCAUCCGGAAGAUAUCGAAUAUACUCGGCAACUCCGUCCAGGUUCGACCGAUCAAGUUUACCGCAUGUAUGUCAAGUCGACCAGCAACAAUACGAUUAUUACCUUGACGGACCCUGAGGGAAAUGCGCUCAAGGGAGGAUCCGCAAGCGGUGGGAGUGUUGGAUUCAAGGGCGUAGCUCGUAGCGGAUACGAGGCUGGUUACCAAUGCGCACUGCGUAUCUUUAGCCGGAUCAGCGAAUUAAAAAAGACUGUGAACCCUGCCCUCGGCGACCUCAAAAUCGAGCUACUCUUGAACGGAAUGUUGGGACAGGGGCGAGAGGCGGUUUAUCGUGCAUUGAUGACACAGGACGGUGAACAGGUGCGCAACCUCAUCUGCAGGGUAACGGAUACGAGCCGGAUUCGCGUUGGAGGUACUCGUCCAAAGAAACGCCGGAUUCUUUGA